UUUCGCGCCAAUUUUACUAACAUUUUGCAAACUUUAAUAAUUAUUUGCAACAAUCAAAGUAAAUCGAUUAUUAUUUAUUAAAAAGUUUAAUUAUUAGUGUUAUGUGUGAAAGUUAAGAGUAUAAACAAUAAGUAUGGCAAGGACAAAAGCAUCGGUAGGCGCUAAAGUGUCGUCUGGCAAAAGUAGUAAAGCAAGAUGCAGUGCAGCUCCACCUCCGAGCAGUGCAGCUUCUUCGAGUAACGGAGAGAAAUCAUCCAGGAGCUACAGUGGUGGCAAUUCCGUGUGCCCUCGAGAGACUCCCAAAUGGCAGAAACCUAUCACCAAUUUCUUUAUAACGAAUCAGAAUGGUCAAUCUCAAUCUGAUGAAAGUGAUGCCGAGGAUGCUAGCGCGAGCAGUUCGAAGCCGAAAGCAAAACGUAACAUAAUAGAAUCAGACGACGAAGACGAACAAACAGACAAACCAAUAAACAAGGAACUCGACGAAACCAUCGAAUUAGAACCGCUUACAGGUGAAGACAGUCACAAAAUAGACGAAUACUACGCAACCAAAGACAAAGGGAAGGGUAAAGGUAAAAAGACAGCAAAUAAGGAAAAUCUAGACGGAAAUGUGAAAAGGAAUUCUGUGAAACGGGACUUGGAUGAAGUUAUAUUUGAUGAGGAUAGCGAACAUCUCACUAAGAAGAUCAAGGUGAAUUAAAUUAGAUGUGAUCUGCUUAGUGCAAUUCUGACAUUGUUAUGUUCUGCAAGUUUAAUCUUUGUAUAUAACAGGCUAUUUGACAAUGCGAAAAAUAAAGUGACAAUUAUUGUAACCAUAUUAUGAGUUUAAAAAUGGUUAUUUAUUAACGAAAGUUGAAAAUGAUAAUUAAUUUAUUCAAAAAUCCAUA